CCUCCCUCACUCCCUCCUUCUGUUGCUCUGCAGCUUUUCUUUCCUGUCCUGUCUUCUCUCCCUGCGCUUGAAUGGAGAGGCCGGGUUCUCUGGAACCUGCACCCCCCUUGCAGGGAGCAGAACCCAUUGCUGGGGUUCAUGCUGCCAAGAUGGAAGCGCCUCCUGUGGAUGAGGGGGCAACAUUUGCCAGCUCCAAGCUGUUUUGGUGUGCGUGUGUGAAGCGUUGGCUGCCUUUGGCCUACAGAGAGGAACUUUAUCACGUCUUACGACUCACAGGCCCCCUGCUGCUGUCCCGGAUUCUGAACUUUCUCCUGCCGUUUGUUAUCACCAUUUUUUGCGGUCACAUUGGAAAUGCAGAGUUGGCUGGAUAUGCCCUUGCCUCAGCGACGAUCAACGUGACAACAACUGCAACAGGCUAUGGCCUGACGAUGGCGUGUGAUACUCUCAUUUCUCAGACAUAUGGCAGCAGGAACAUGAAACGUGUGGGAGUUAUUCUACAGAAAAGCACCCUGAUCCUGCUCAUGUUUUGUCUGCCUUGUUGGGCUCUCCUUGUCAACUCCCACAAUUUACUGCUCCUUCUUCAGCAAGAGCACGAAGUGGCCCGAAUCGCCCACCUGUACGUGAUGGCGUUUCUUCCUGCUGUUCCAGCUAUGUUUUUGCAUCAGCUGCAGGUUUCUUAUCUACAAAACCAGGGAAUCAUUCUACCUCAGAUGUACACGGCUGCAGUAGCCAACAUUUUGAACUUGGGGAUCAAUUUUCUUCUUAUUUCUGUGCUCAAGAUGGGUGUAAUUGGAUCAGCAGCUGCCAACAGCCUCUCUCAGAUCAUCAUUUGCCUUCUGUUAUUUGGCUACAUCAGGUGGAAGAAGCUCUAUAAGCAGACAUGGGGAGGUUGGUCCACUGAAUGUCUGCAGGGCUGGGGUUCCUACAUGAAGCUGGCUGUUCCCAGUGCAUUCAUGAUCUGUUUUGAGUGGUGGGUCUGGGAGGUUGGAGGUUUUCUUGCAGGUUGGCUUGGAGAAGAUGACCUGGCUGCCCAGCAUCUGAUGGUAGAAAUAGGAGCCAUAACAUACAUGUUUCCUUUAGGAAUCCACGCUGCAGCCUGUGUGCGUGUGGGGAACGCUUUGGGAGCCGGCAACACAUCAAGAGCCAUAAUCACCUGCAAAGUUGCCUUAGUUGUUUCAGGAAUGCUGGCUUUGUUCCAGGGGUUCAUCCUUGCUGGCUGUAAGUCCGUCGUUGGCUACAUAUUUACCUCAGACGACAAUAUUGUGCAGCUCGUAUCGGACAACUUGACAGUUUACACAUUUCUUCAGUUCCUUGAUGCACUACUGUGUGUCUGCUCAGGAAUUCUUGUUGGAUGUGGGAUGCAGAAAAUCGCAGCCCUGUCAAAUUUGAUAUUUUACUACCUCAUCGGCCUACCUGUCGGAAUAGCACUGAUGUUUUGGGCCAAGCUGCGAAUAUUAGGCUUGUGGCUCGGUCUCCUAAUUUGUGUUUUCAUUCAGACGGGUUUCUUCCUUGCUUUGAUCUUUAAAGCUGACUGGAAAAAAGUGACGCAGAAGGCUCAGAAGAGAGCUGGAAAAACUGUGGUUGUGGCCCCACUGCGUCCUGUUAGUGCCGUUCUAAAUGAAGCGAUCUUACCGGAUGUCAUUGACUGCCCAGAUUCGGCCCAAGAAAAGAGCGAAACAGCUCUCAGAACAGAGGGCUACAGUCGGGUAAAUACCCAAGAUCAGGAGCUGAAAGGAGGCCAUGAGUCAGAGGAAAGACACACCAAUGCUGCAGUAAAUGAGAGAGACGCAGAAAAGAGCAAAGAAUCAUCUGACUCAAAAGCUGCAGAGAAGCUCUCCACCUCUCAGCUGAUCAUGCGUCGGGGACUAACUUUGCUGUUCUCAGUUCUUAUUUUGAUAACAGGGGUUAUAUUCCAAAUUGCUUUUCCUGUAGCAGCACCCAACCACAGUGUGGCCAACGCCACCUUAAACUGGGUUAAUUUCUCCACUCCUACACCACUGGAUGCACUUAACCUGACCACAAGCUAGUGAGCUUCUUGGAAAGGAGCCCCCUGUUGACAACAUAUGAUUACUGCACUGACUCCAUGCAGGGGGGAGAAAAAAAAAUGCCUUAUUGGCCAACUGCUGAGUGAAUCCACAGAAGCCAGCAAGCAAUAUGAAACUCCACGGACUCUAGCAGGAAGAACAAAUGUUUUGAAGUAAAGAUCAGGUUUUAGUCCUCUGAGUCAAAAGUACAUGGCUGUACUGUGGUGAGGAAUAUUGAAUCAAAUUCCUCCAGCACACUAAGUAUAAAGUACCAAAUAUGCUGCUAUCAGUGACGUGCGGUGAGGUUCAUGACUGGUGAGGCUCCACCACAGUCAGAUGUACAAAACAAAAAUCAAAUAUGGAAGCUAUAUUUUAAUUUUGACCAUAACUAAUUAAAGCUACUAACAAUAUAAUAGCAAGAAAAAUAAAAGAAUAUGUAAAAAGGUCAUUUUAAAAAAAUUAUAUGGAUGUUUUCUUUAGCUGACCUCUUUUCUGAUUAAAAUUGAAAGUUAUGUAUUAUCUGACCUUUAUGUUAUAUAUACAUGAACGUCUCUGUCAUUUUGUUGUAAAAAAAUAAAUAAAUAAUUGUUUCUCAUUUUUACUUCAUUAUCAAAAUCUGGCAGCCACAGAGAGUGGCUUGAGCAGUUCUGCUUGUAUUUCCCCCCUGACUGUUUUCAGUCUUUUCAGUGUGUAAAAGAAGAGCACCUGUUGCUGAUUGUGUCUAUGAUGCUCAGCACUGCCCCCUAUCACUGAGGCAUGGUACUUCCUGUCUCACUCCGAGUAUUUUCACAGCACAGUGAUGGCUGAUCAGAAAGACUAAACAUGCUACAAACGUUCAUUAAAUUUAUCGAACAUACCGUGGAAUGUCAAUUUAUGUAGAAAACGUGUAAUUAAACAAAUACAUUGGAAUGUGCCAAUUAACUCAGUUGUGAUAAUACAGCUUUUCAACUUUU